CAGACUGCUAAGUGAUCCGGGCGCGCGAACCUCGGUCAUUUAUUUAUUUAAUUUAUUUUUUUUUCCGCUUCCCACCGGGUGCGCUGUCCCUUUAAGUGGGAAUGCUGGUGCUGGCUCCGUAACACCGGAGCCGGCAGCUUGUUGAUUUCGGGCGCUGGUGAAUUUCACAUUGUUUCCACUUCACUUUCCUUGCCCCGGGGGAGGCUCGGCUCGGCUCUUCGGCCGCCGCCACCGCCACCGCCGCCGUUACCAAGCACGGCGGCUCGGGGAGGGUAGGGGCCCGCAGCGGUGCAGCGGUGCAGCGGUGCAGCGGGCGGGGACCGGAGGACCGGCUGCCGGGGCCACACGCGCACCUCGCCGCAGUCGGGCUCCUCCCGCGAAGGAGCGCGGCCGCCCGGAGCGCAGCGCGGCGCCGGGGCCCGCCCAGAAGCUAGCCCGCCCACGGGCCGGGCUGCCCAGCCGCGCCGGGAGGCCGGGGCGGGGUGGGGGGCGGGGGUGGGUGCCGCGGCUGCCGCGGAGCCGCCGCUCGGCGCGUUUUGCAUGAAGAUGGCGGCUCCCACCGCCAGCAAGGCAGCCUCCCUGGGCUGCAACAACAAGCCUGCCUUCCCGGAGCUGGAUUUCAGGUCUGGAGCCCGGGUGGAGGAACUGAACAAACUCAUCCAGGAAUUCACCAGGCACGACCAGCGGGAAUACGAUGACCAGAGAGCGCUGGAGAUCCACACGGCCAAGGAUUUCAUCUUUUCCAUGCUGGGGAUGGUGCAGAAAUUAGAUCAAAAGCUUCCUGUGGCUAACGAGUACCUGUUGCUCUCUGGAGGAGUCCGAGAGGGUGUGGUGGACCUGGACCUCGAUGAGCUAAACGUCUAUGCCCGUGGCACUGACUACGACAUGGACUUUACCCUUCUGGUGCCAGCCCUCAAGCUGCAUGACCGUAAUCAGCCUGUGACACUCGAUAUGCGCCACUCAGCCUUAUGCCACUCCUGGCUGAGCCUCCGGCUCUUCGAUGAGGGGACGAUCAGUAAAUGGAAAGAUUGCUGCACAAUCGCAGAUCACAUCAAUGGUGCCACCAACUACUUCUUCUCUCCCACCAAAGUGGCUGACUGGUUCUAUGACUCCAUCAGCGUCGUCCUCUCAGAGAUACAGAAGAAACCCCAGCGAGGGAUGCCAAAGGUGGAAAAAGUCGAAAAAAAUGGGACCAUCAUCUCCAUCAUUCUGGGUGUGGGGAGCAGUCGCAUGUUGUACGAUAUUGUCCCUGUGGUGUCCUUCAAAGGUUGGCCCGCGGUGGCCCAGAGCUGGCUCAUGGAGAACCACUUUUGGGAUGGGAAGAUCACUGAGGAAGAGGUCAUCAGUGGCUUUUACUUGGUGCCAGCUUGCUCCUACAAGGGUAAGAAGGACAAUGAGUGGCGACUUUCCUUUGCCAGGAGCGAGGUGCAGUUGAAGAAGUGCAUCUCGGGCAGUCUCAUGCAGGCCUACCAGGCCUGCAAAGCUAUCAUCAUCAAACUCCUGUCAAGGCCCAAGGCUAUCAGUCCCUAUCACCUUCGGAGCAUGAUGCUCUGGGCCUGUGACCGACUGCCCGCCAGCUACCUGGCUCAGGAAGACUAUGCAGCCCACUUUUUGCUGGGCCUCAUUGAUGACCUGCAGCACUGUCUGGUCAACAAGAUGUGCCCUAAUUAUUUCAUCCCUCAGUGCAACAUGCUGGAGCACCUGUCGGAGGAGACAGUCAUGCUCCACGCCCGGAAGCUGUCCUCCGUGCGCUCAGAUCCUGCCGAGCACCUGCGCACCGCCAUCGAGCACGUGAAGGCAGCCAAUCGGCUGACGCUGAAGCUGCAGCGGCGGGGCAGCGCCACCAGCAUCCCCUCCCCACAGUCGGAUGGAGGGGACCCCAAUCAGCCUGAUGACCGCCUGGCAAAAAAACUGCAGCAGCUAGUGACUGAGAACCCAGGGAAGUCCAUCUCGGUCUUUAUUAACCCCGACGACGUCACGAGGCCCCAUUUCAGGAUCGAUGAUAAAUUUUUCUGAGUGAUUUGUUGACCUUUUAUUUUUCUUCUCCUUCUUGGUUCUAAGACUUAGAUAACGUGUAGUGUGGUGUGUGAUUCUGUCCUUCUGUUUUUACAUAUCCAGCUUACAUUGGAUUUGUUAAGGACACAUUUUAAGUUUCCUGGUUCUGCAGGAUGGUGCAGGCUCUGAAACAGUAUUAUGACUAUUUCAUAUUCUGCCUGAUUUCGCUGUUUGUUUUCUAGUUAUUGUCACAUUUUUUUUUUAUGGUGUUCAUUUUUAAGGAGAACUUGAGCCAUAUAGACAACACUGCCCAUGAAUCCUGUUUCUUGUUUUCUGUCUCACACCCAGUGUAGAUUUGUUGGUGGGUUUGGGGGAACACGUUUCAUUCUUAACUUAUCCGAACUCUCUUCUGCUCCUGUUCUAUUUUUUGACCUUGUUCUUCUGAGUUUUCACUGAGAUGGGUAUCUGAGAGUCCUAAGAACCUGGAGGCCCUGUGCAUGCCGGUGGCAUUUAUUUCUUUGGACCCAGCGAUCGGAACAGUUUCCCUUUUCUAUCCGAUGGAAACUUCAAGAGAAAGAAUGAUGCACAUCGUGUUCUGAGCAACCUCAUUGAAUGUAAUUGUCCUCGAAUCAGCAAACAUUGGAUGGUUUGGAGGGAGGGUUUGAUAGCUUUCCAAACAGAAUUAAGGUUUCCAAAUGUUAGUUUUAGUGUUUGUAAUUAUUUGAAGCCUUAUUUAAAUCCUAUUAAGGAGCACACCAUUCUAAUUGUUAUUUGCACUAAUGAAGUCUUUGCCAUUGUUAGAGCUGCGUCGUGUGUGUGCAGUAUACAUUAACAUCCUUUCUGGAAAUACUGUCGAUUUUCAUUUAGUCCUGUUCUCUGGGUCAGUAGAAUGAGUCUCUGCAUUGUCUAGUUCUCCUUUAAUUGCGAGUUCCCUUUUUGCCCUCUUUGAUAGUUCUGGUUCCUGCCUUACUGAGGGAAGUUUUUAAAGCUUUAUACCUGUUCAGUGACUAGCUAAAGCUUGGGAAGAUAAUACUUGACAAAGUGGGUGUCUUUGUAUUUAUUUUGGGGGGGGGUCCUAGAGCUCUUUCUCUUGCCCUUUCCUUUUAUAAAGUGUCUUUAUUUCUCCUGAGACCUUGAUGGAAAACAGACAGGCAGAAUUAUCCCCAAAUUGAAGAUACCAUACCUGUUCAAAGCAGAUUUUACCGUAGAGCAGGAACCAGGGAAUACUGAGUGGCUGUGUUGGAAUACAGGAGUCCUAUUUUCUGACUGAAAUGAUUUGCCAGAUUUAGGUGCUGUGGGAUUUAGGUGCUGGGGGGGGCGCUGGCCUGAUUUGGUGUGAAUGCAAGAAGGCAGACAGUGGUGCUGGAGUCAUUGACGGGCUUGCUGAUCUAGAUGACCCAUGAUGUCUGCUAAUGGAAAAGUCAAGCAACAUGGUGGUUUUGGUCUUGAACGUCCAGACUCAUAGGUUGGGUUUUGGCCAAUUGAAAUCAGACAUAUGUGGUCUUGGAGUUUUGCAUGGGAAUUAAUGUAAUGCUUAUAAAUCAUUCAACAAUCUCAAGUCAAACACAAAAAUAAAAAAGAAACAUACUGGCCUUGGAA